AUGUUGGUCAAGGAGCAAUACGAUAUUUUGGGCAACCUCAUUACUACCACCACCACUACUACUCCAGGUCUCCCUACAACCGCCUCACUUACUCUCCCUCCAACUCCUGUAGCGACCACCGAGACCACCACUACAUCGCUACCAACGGUGUUUCCUGCGGAUAAUGCAGCGCCAUUGAAUGUCUUUGAACGCUACACCCAUCUUGAGGCCUUUCUAUCGCGAUUCACGCCGAUCGGCCUGGAAGUUGACCGUUCAACUACCGCGAUCUACUUGCCCCUUUCUGUUCUUGGACUCACGCUUACUGCUGCUGUACUCUUCACCUGGCAUGCUCGUCAAGACACCUCCAAAACCUAUGCAGUCGAUUCCACUGCGCCUCCGCUACUACCACCUCCAUUGUGGCGGCGAUGGCGAGAUCGCCAGCGUGGUGACACUCUGCUCUAUCUUCUUGGUUUCCUCAGCUGUCCUCUUCUCUUAAUCCACUGUUCGUUCUGUCUCCUUCUCGACCUUGAUGGAGUCUGGCGUUUGCGCCUUCUCUCGAGCAUCAUAGGUAUCCGAGCUUUCUGUCCUCUCGUCCACAGCCUUGCCAUCACGACACGCGUCACCAUCGCUCUCUUGGUGCUCCUCAUUGCUUGGCGCGCUCAUGUCAUAUCACGACCCCCACGCCUACGCACUAUCUCCUGUCAUUGCCGCAGUCCAUAUCUGCGGUUUUGGUGGUGUAAAAUCCCCUGCGGUCUCUUUGCGAAAGCCACAGCCAUCAUUCUCGUGUCAUUCGUAGCCGGUCUAAUGGGAAUUAACUUCUGGCAUGUGACCGAUAUUACUCUGCCAGGAACUUCUGACAAUGUCGAUCUAAUAUGCAGCCCUAUAGGAGGUUACCAAUCAGGUUUCCAGUUCCUCAGUCCCGAUGGUACUCUCCUGCUCUAUGAUUGGGUCCUCAAUGCAGUAAUCUUUGCGCCGAGUACCUUAGGAACUAUAGCCUUUGCCUUUUUGCUGUCUCGGCGCCUGCUGUCCAUCCAAAGCCAAGCGUUACUGCAAAGUGAUGUCGAGGUUGGUGGUCGCAUGGCCUUCGUCUAUACCCGGCACGUGAUACAUCGUCUCCAACUUGUCAAUGGUCUCUGCCUCCUCUUUGGUCUAGCCAACUUACCCUUGGUGGCAACUCGCCUUCUAUCUGUCAUGACUACGCCAGGAGUUGCAGAGUUGCCAGAUCGCGAGAUUCUAGACGACCCAACUUGGCAAAGAAUGCUUCAUCAUGCUACAGCGAUUAUAAUUUGCCGCGAAUUCGCAGACAUGGCGACAACAGGACUGCUCUUCCCUACCUUCAUGGUGAUCAGCUCUACGUUCAGACAUCGGUUUCUCCGCCUUCUGCGUCUCAAAGGCCCUCAUUCGUUGUGUGGCAUGGAUACCCAUGAUUUUAGCCGACGGUUCUGGGGCAUGGCAGGAAGACCACAGGGGCAGCCACCACAACCCUCUUUUUCGCCUGCAAAAGCAGAUUCGCCACCGGUACGAUGGAGCUGGGGAAAGGGGUGGCGUCAGUCAUAUUCCUUGCCUCUCUCUCCGCCGGUUGUAGAGUCCACCAUGGCAUUUGGAGAGCAGAGAUUAGCCGAGGGUGCAGACCCCGAUCACCUAGAUGCGAUAGUUGAGCAACACAACAACGCUUAUGCAUUCACUGGAACCAGCAGAGGUGGUUUUCCACAUCACUACGCCAAACACCGAGCCUCAUUCGCACCCCUCACCACAUCAAAACGUUUGCCGGUUGACAGUCGGCGCACAUGCUACCUCUAG